AUGAUUCUGAUUGUUCGUGGCCCGGAUGGCCAAAGACGAAUGCAGGUUGAGGAUGCAGAGGCAAUAGGGCGUCAGCUCAAGAAUGCAUUUGGAGUCGAGUCGCUAUGUGUGUUUAUGCAGCCUGAUGCCGUGGACAAGAUCGAUGAAGAGCAGUCGCCGGAUGCAUUGGGGCUGAAGAACGGAAGUGUUGUGUAUGUGCAAUACGAUGUGCCAGCAGGCAUGCAUAGCAGUAACCGGCAGGCAUCUGCAGCACAGGAUUUGCCGGUGAGCGAAGGGGCGGCUAGGAAGCGUACUACUGAGCGAGGGAUACAUAGGGAACGGGACGAAAUGAUGUGUCAGCAUGACUCAAGAGCAAUGUGCAGUCAUUGUGCACCAUUAGAUCCAUGGGACGAGCGAUACCAUAGAGAAAACAUGAUCAAGUAUCUUAGCUUUGGAUCGUACAAAGAGAUGAUGAGAAGCAACAAGAAGGAGAUGUGUGCAGAGAGCUAUACAGUGGCUGUGUGUGGUGACCAUGGGCAAAACACACGAUGUGCUCGGUGCCAGGAAAGAAGCAUAAUUCUGAUGCCACAGACAUUCCGGAUGAUUGACCAUGUUGAGUUUGACGGCCAGUAUCUUGUGGAGAACUUUAUCAGGGGAUGGAAAGACAGCCGGAGGCAAAGAGUUGGGUUUCUUGUUGGAAGAUACAGAGAGUAUGAUUUAGUGCCGUUGGGCAUGAAGGCCGUGGUAUCAGGGAUAUGGGAGCCUGAGCAAGAGAACUAUCCGGAUGGAUUUGUUGUGCUAGAUGAGUGCAGUGAAUUUCUAUGUGGAAGUGGGCUGGAGGUUGUUGGAAUGAUCUACACAGACAUACAUGUGGAAGGAGGCGAGAUGAGGAGCGAUAAGGUUGCAAGAGACUAUUUUUUGUCAUCUCUUGAGAUACAGUUUAUUGCGAGGAUGCAGCAGAAGCAUCCAUAUGUAAUGACUGAUGGCGGCAGAACGGAUGAGUUUGGAUCCAGGUUUGUAACGAUAGUUGCUACUGCAGAUGCCGAGGGAAAUGUUGUGCUUAAGGAGUACCAGGUGAGUACACAGUGCAUGGCUCUGGUUAAGGAAGAUGCAGUGCUUGCAACAGAGGAGCCAAGGAUGUUUAUGGCUGCAAAGGAUAUUGUCUACCGAACAAAAAGCAAUGCAGAGAUGGUUAAGGCAGAUCCGUAUUUUCCCGGCGAUUUUUUCAUAGUGAGGUUGACGCAUGGAUGCAGGCAUAAUCCGAUGUUUAGCAAUGAGGAAUAUGUUCCCGCGAAGAUGAGUAGGAAACGAAUGGCAGAGUGUUUUGGAGGGGACUUUUCGAUGCAGAAGCUUUCUAGCUUCAGUUUGCUGAUGAAGAUCCGAGGAGUGCUUGGGAAGUGGAAGGAGCUGUUUAAUAGCAUUGUUUCUGGCGAUGGCCGCAUGUUUGAGGAGGUUUUGAGGAGUAAAGAGUUCAAGGUGUUUGCGAGUGGACUUGAGAAGUAUGUUUGUAAGAGCUGGGCAUGCGAAAGGUGUACGUUUAUCAACGAAGGCAGCCUGAAUGAAUGCAAGAUGUGUAGGGCAGAGAAGAUGUGA